GCUGCCUUUACAGACUCAGGUCCAGUGGAGGAAGAAGGUCAGAACAGUUUUGCAUUUCCGUCGAUCCUGUCAGAACAAGCGCAAAUUGAAGCAGCCGACAAUUUUUCGGUAGAGGUCGCUGGUGACAAUACCGCGACGGACAAGGUUUCUGGUGAAAUCACUUUUUCCGAAGUUUCUGGAUUGGAAGGCGCCAAUAACAGUCUGGAGCUUGUCAAAAAGGAAGAAGAUCAACAGACACUUGGUCCAGCCUCUACUGAAGCCGUCAUUGAAGCUGCCCAUCAAACUGAAGGUACUACAACAACCAACUUAGGUGAAGACGCAAUUGUUGCAGCCGUUGUCAAAGCUGAAGUUGACCCAAAGAGUCCUGAAGCUGACGCUUCUGACAUUGCAGCAUCCGUCCAACCUGUUGAACCUGUUGCGAAGCCUUUGCAGCCGCCAAAACAUCAGCAAGGGGUCGCUGUUCCCAAAGAACGCGGCACAACAGUGAUUGCAGCCAAAGCAUCCGGUAGUGCUCCAUCAAGUGCAGCCGUGCCUGAAGCUCCAAAAGCUGCUAAGCUCCCAUCACCCCCAUCAUCACCACCACCUGUAGUCCCUUCUAAUAUUCCACCACCGCCACAGCAUCCGCCGCCAACACCGGAAGAGCUCGCUGCGCGAGCUCCGGCUUUUGCCAAGACUCAAGAAGUUGAGGGCAUUGAUCCUUACGAACUGGAGGACGCCGCCUGGCAGAAUCCAUCCUUGAGCUCUCGUCGGGUCGUGUUGGUCACCCCAAACUUGCAGUCUUCGGACAUUGUAAAUUUGACCACACGUGAUCCUGACACCGAGGAGGAAGGCCCAGAAGACCCUGCACUGGCAUCACAAAGAUUUCAAGAGACUGGUAGGAAUUUCAUUGCAGCGGCUAGUGCUGAGCCCAUUGAAGCCGACCCAGGCAUUGUGCAUCCGUGGAGAAAACAAGAGGGCGCUGCGGCAGAAUCCCCAAAGUCUGCUGCCUGUGGGGUCGCUGCGGAAUCCCGCGCGACAGGUCACUGUUGCAAAGAGGCCAAAACAAAUAAGGCUCCCCCACCGGGUGUUCGACCAGGAGCUCCCCCGCCAAAAGCUAGGCAGAAGGGGCUGCUGCCGCACCUGUGGCGCAGCGGGGUGAAGAGUCGAGCGGAGCUCCAAGUGCACCUUCGGAUUCGCACGCUCCCUACUCUGCACGACCGUGCCCUGUCCUUCCUUACCUUAGUUGAAGAGUGGGUCAAGCAAGAAGGCGUUGAUAGUAUUCUACAGCGCAGAGCCGCAAGGGCCGUGCCAAAGGAACAUCUUCGCCCGCCUUUUGGCGACAAACAGCGGUGA